AUGAGUGACAUACUAAAAGACAGCCGAUUUGCUAAAUAUCUUAAUGAUCCUCGUUAUAGGCAGAUACCUAAACAUGAACGGAAAGUAAAAAUAGAUAAAAGAUUUCAGUCUAUGUUUAAUGAUGAAAAAUUUAAAGUAAAGUACACGGUUGAUAAACGAGGACGACCAAUAAAUGAAACAUCAACAGAAAAUUUACGGAAAUAUUAUGACUUGGAUGAGUCAGAUGAGGAUUCAGAUGAUGAUGUUGAAUCAAAGAACGAAGCUGAGUAUGAAAGUGAAAAGGUUAAAACAAAUACUAACGAAGAAGAAACCGCAGGUCGUUUUGUUAAAAGACUACCUAGCCUAGAUGAUGAUGACAAAAAGAAAAGUCCUCAAGAUUCAGUGAAAUUUGAAAAUGAUAAAUUAGUUCGUGGAAGUCUGGAUAAAAAAGUCAAAACCAGAUUAUUCGAUCUAGAUAUUGAUUACGCACGUGGUGAAGGUAUGAUAAUGACUGAUUCAUCUAGUGAUGAAGAAAGUAGUGAAGAAGAUGAUGAUAGUGAGCUAGAACAUGAAUGGGGUGAAUUAGAUGCUGACGCUGAUACCACAGAUGAGUCAACAAGAAGGAUAGCAAUCUGUAACAUGGACUGGGAUAACAUAAAAGCAACAGAUCUUAUGGUCCUCCUUAACUCCUUUUUACCUCCUGGUGGUUUUAUACAUAAUGUUACUAUUUAUCCAUCAGAAUAUGGCUUAAAGAGAAUGCAAGAAGAGGAAAUUAAGGGCCCCAUAGAGUUGACUGAAGCAAAAGCUGAAGAGUCGCUCUCAGACGAUGGUGGAAACGAAGAAGGUUCGUCAUAUCACAUGGAGAAACUUCGACGCUAUCAAUUGAAUAGACUGAAGUACUACUAUGCCGUAGUAGAAUGUGACUCGGUGACCACUGCGGACAAGUUGUACAGUGAAUGUGACGGCAUGGAGUACGAGAGCAGCGCUACAAAACUAGAUAUGCGCUUUAUCCCGGAUGACGUCACUUUUGAUCAAGAGCCGCGUGAAGUCUGCAGCAAACUACCAGAUUUGACAAAAUACAAACCACGUUUGUUCACGACGACAGCUCUGCAACAGGCCAAAGUGGAUCUCACGUGGGACGCCACCAACCCUAAUAGAGCUGAACUUAUAAAGAGUGCCCUCGAUGGCAAAAUUGAUGACUUGGAAUUGAAAGAAUAUCUGGCUUCUAGUAGUGAAGAUGAAAAUGAAGAAGAACAAGAAGUGAAAUCCGAUAACGAAGAAGACGAUCCAAUACUAAAAUAUAAAAUGUUACUCGAAGAUAUCGAGAAGAAAGAACAGAGAAAAGAAAAUAAAGAUAUGGAAAUGGAAAUCACAUGGGGCUUGGGCGUCAAGGACAAAGCGGAAGAGUUAGUAAGGAAGAAAAUGAAUGAAGAUGAUAAGAACCUAACGCCUUUUGAAAAAUUAAUUCAGAAGAAAAAAGAGAAGAAAAAGCAAAGAAAAUUAAAAAUGAAAGAGCUCAAGGAAAAUGAAAAUACUGAGUCAGGUGAGAAUUCUUCUGACGAAGUACCUUCAGAUAUUGACAUGAAUGACCCAUAUUUUGCAGAAGAAUUUAAUAAGCCGGAGUUUAAAAAUAAAUCAAAAGGUAAAAAGAUAUCUAAAGUAAAAGAAAGUGGUGAUUCAGAUGAAGACGAGAAAAAGAAAGCAGAAUUAGAAUUACUCUUGGAUGAUGAUGAUGGCAAAGAGCAUUUUAGCCUCAAAAAAAUACAAGAAGCCGAAAACAUUUCAAAGAAAUCCAAGAGGAAAAGAAAACUUAAAGAAAAGAUGAAAGAACAAAAGUCGGCCGUUCCAGACUUUGAAAUAAAUCUAAACGAUCAAAGAUUUGCUGCAUUAUAUGACUCGCAUCAUUUCAACAUCGACCCCACCGACCACAACUUCAAGAAAACCAAGAAUAUGGAACGACUUAUACAAGAAAAACUAAAAAGGAGACCGGCAGAUAACCUUGAAAUGGAGGUCACGUCAAAAAAAUCUAAAGAAGAUACGGAAUUAAAUGUUUUAGUUAAAAAUCUGAAACGGAAAACAAAAAAUGUAUUAAAUAAU